AUGAUCGGAACAAUACGUCUCCCAUUUUACGCAGGGGACAUAACCCGAACCGUUAAGUUCUCUGUUAUCCGAGCUAAGGCGCCCUACAACACUAUCCUCGGCACCCCUUGGUUACACUCCAUGAAGGCCAUUCCCUCUACUUAUCACCAGUGUGUUAAGUUUCCUGGGAAAGAUGGAACAACACAGACGAUCCGCGGGGACCAACGGGCUGCAAGAGAUCUGCUUAUCGCCGCAGUCAAAUUACAACAUUCAGUUUCUCUCGUCAACACAAUCGCCAAACCGAUCCAUAAGAUCUACCCUCAGAAGGAAGAAGUUCGCGAAGUCCCCAUUGAUGAAGCCGACCCAUCAAGGAUCGUACGUAUCGGCGCCUAUCUCUCCGACGAAAUGCAGUCGCAGAUCAUCUCCUUCCUCAAAGCGAACGCUGCCACUUUUGCAUGGGCAAAUUCUGAUAUGAAAGGAAUAGACCCCGCAGUCACGUCCCACGAGUUGAACGUGGAUCCGACGUUCAAACCCAUCCGACAAAAGAGACGGAAGCUCGGACCCGAACAAUCCAAAGCAGUAAACGAGGAAGUCGACAGGCUACUCGACGCAGGUUUCAUUGCCGAGGUACGGUAUCCAGAGUGGCUAGCCAAUCUUGUCGUAGUAAAGAAAAAGAAUGGGAAGUGGUGCAUUUGUGUCGAUUUCACUGAUUUGAACAAGGCUUGCCCAAAAGACAGCUACCCUCUCCCACACAUCGAUCGUCUAGUAGAAUCGACAGCCGGCAAUGAACUCUUAACCUUCAUGGACGCCUUCUCGGGGUACAACUAA